AUUGAAACCGGUUAGAAUUUAUGCAGUAUGUAAAUUCCUUCUGUCGAUACGGUUUGGAUGAUUUUCAUGCGGGAGACAGACUUGUAAAGGUGGAGGUAACGGCGAUGGAUUCUUGCUAAGUAGUGGACGUCACGUUGGUUUGAAGUUUAUAAAACGUCUUAUCAGCGUUGACAUAAUACAACAACAGAGAAACAGUAACUAUGGAAGCUAGGGAGGAGACGGAGGGUCCACCUACAUCAUGAACCUGUUAGGAUCAGCUGGCGCCAUCUUCCUCAUCAUCCUGAACCUCGUGGUCAUACUCCUGGGCCUGGGUUUAAUUAUCAUCGGAUCCCUGGUGUACAAAGAAUCUGGGCUGGUCAAUGAUGACAUAUCCCCGGUACUGAAUGCCAUCACUGGCGGAGAUUUCACCCUCUCGGACCUCAUCAGGAUCAUCGCUGUCGUCAUCAUUGUCAUCGGGGUGUUCUCAUUCUUGGUCUCUGGCGCCGGAAUUAUCGGGACCUGCGGAAAGUUCCGACCAGUUCUUGUUGUCUAUAUGGUGAUAGUAUUUCUUUGUGGCGUCACAGAAAUUUUCGUUCUUGCUGAAGUAGCAAAAUUGAAGAUAAAGCUAAACAAUGCCAUUAAAGGAGAAUUGCUCAAAGUUUUGUCUUAUUACAAAGGCUACAACUUAGACCUAAUAUCCAUUGCUUGGAACCUCAUAUUCUAUUUGUUUGAAUGCUGUGGAGUAAACAAACAAUCGGUUGUAGAUGACUUCCAGUCGACAGCAUGGUCUAGAGGAAGUGACGUCAUACCAGGAUAUUGCUGCAGAGAAGCUACGCUUACAACGGCUGCAACCUUGAAUGGAACUUCUUGUACAAUGACCCCGACUGCACAGAAUGCAUAUAUGAAUUCUGGUUGUUACGACUUCUUGAACGACCGACUCACCAAGUACAGUGACGGGGUGGUAUCUGUCGCUUCCUUUAUCUUACUGACAGAGUUGAUGGCGAUCGUUGCAACCUUGAUCCUGUUUUGGCAAAUAACGGUUGACGUAGAUCACAAAAAGGCAGCAAAGAGAACCGGACGGGUGAUCGACAUGCCCGCUUCCGGCGGAGAUCAGCUACAGAUGGAGUCGGGUGUGGUGACUAGUACCGCUGUGGUGUGAUUCUAUUCGACCAUUUUAUGUCUACUUGAAACUGUUCUUGGGUGCUUUAUAUUUUUAUUUUACUUUUAACACAAAACAUAUCAAGAGACGAUGAAGUAGGGACACUUUCUUCAUCCUGCCAGUAUUAUUUUAUUUUUAAAACAGUUUCACCCUCAACCCGUCAAAAACAUGCACUUCUUUUUGUACAGUAGAAGUAAGCAUUUUCAUACCGAAUCAAACGACAAGUUAUUUUAGUAUUCUGCUGGCAUGUUCCAUGUAGCAUUUUCCUGUAGCAACUUGUUUUAGCAGUUAUUGAUGGAAUUGCUGAAAAUGCCAUCUGUUUUUAAUGUUAUGUAAUAAAAUGAUUUUCAAAAUAUGAAGUAUAUUUGAUUAUAUUUAAUCCAUUCAUGUUUUCUUUCAAUUGUUCAUUUAUAUGUAUUUUUCUAUUUAUUUGUAUUUUAACCAAAUUUGGCAUAGCUAGUCUUGGUAGUUACAUGUAGGGUUGAUAGAUGGCGGAAAACCAAUUUAGAGUAUUGAUGGAAAUACAGGUUCAAACCGUUUCUUGACAACCAUGAUAUCUUUAUAAUUCAAGAUGACAAAGCUAAUAAAUGUGGAUACAUUUG